UCUGCCUUCCUUCCCUCCCCUUGGUUCCGCAGCAUGAGGGAACUGUUCAACGACAGAAACCAGGCCUUCUUAGGGGAGCAAAUAAAGAAGGAGGUGCUUGCUCGGACCACCUGGACUCUCCGCUAUGGACACAAGUACCUGAAAGAAGGGUCCAGGGCCAGGAAGCAGCCCCGGCCGGCGGCCCCGUUUGGGUCAGUCUUGAAAGCAAGCCCAGUGGCCUCCACUGGCUCCCCUGUCAGAAAAGAGCCACAGGAGGGAUGGCCAAAGACCAGGGGGGUCCAGGACCAGCAUUUCACGGCUGGAGGUGCCCAGGGAAGCAGAGCGAGGCAGGCUAGAGAUGCUCCUGAGCACGCAGCAUCCCAGGGCAGGCCAGAGAACUUAAAAAUGAAGCAGCCCGCCCCAGCCACUCUGAAGCUGCUCUUCCAGGGCAUCUCCCAUGAUGGCCAGGGGCGUCAAGGGUACCUCAAGGAACGGUAUCGACUGAAACCAGAAGAGAAGUUCAAGUACCCGAUGGUGUCUUCCUGGGAGUAUGGCUGGCAUGUGGGGGACGUCAUGAAGGACUUCCGGACACCAGCUCAUGCCAGAAUGCAUCCCAUCACAAAGUCAUUUUACUUGAAAAAUGGCCUUUUCUAUAUUCCUCGGAGAUCAGAUGACCUUAUGUGAACUUGGCUCUCGGGAAAGGCCUCGGUAGUUCCUUUACCCCGUGCUCUGCCUGGACCAGCCAGGUGGGAGAUGCUGCGGGUCAGCUCUACUCCACUCCGGUGUUCUGCUGAGCCCUGCCUCCGCGACUGAGAGUGCCAAGAAGAAGUGAGCA